UCUCGGCUCGAACCAGGCUCAAUCUGCGUCCUGCCUGUGUCUCUGCUGAGUCGUUCGAAGCUGCGAACAUCUAUCUGUUUAAUUGUUUGAAUUGUCAAAUAGUGCGUGAAUUCGUAGUGAAGUGAGGCACCGCGACCAUUGCGAUUGAAAGUUUGUGCGACUAAAAUUGCGCUGAUUGGCAUUGCGAUGCCUAUGUUAACGUACAAUAAUGUCAGUUGCGGAACGUCGGAAAAUGAAAACGGUUCACCGGCGGAUUCCUUAAUUUCCAAUGACGGCGAAAUCGUAGAUGAUCCCAAUGAUUCUCCAGAAACGCCAAGAGAUACGGAAGAAGAAGCUACUCUUUCUGACGAAUUUUAUUCGCAUGACACCGAUGACGACGAUGAAGGGAGAAAAAAACGAGAUCGAGCUAAUUCUGCCGACGGUGUUUCCUCGUCCACAAAUGGUCUACUGGAAUCUUCAUCUUCGCGUAGUGGAGGACUAGGUGUAAGAAAAUUAUUCACAAACAGUCGUGAGAGAUGGCGGCAGCAAAACGUCAGUGGAGCUUUCGCGGAAUUGAGAAAGUUGGUUCCAACACAUCCACCCGACAAAAAAUUAUCGAAACAUGAAAUUUUACGUCAAGCAAUCAAAUAUAUUCGCGUGCUUAUCAACGUCUUAGACUGGCAAAAGUUACAAGAACGCAAUGGUAUUAUUAAAACGGAUAUUCGAGUAAAAACUGAACCAGUGCAGCAGCCAACAAACAUGAAUCUCAAUUCAACCCCAAACUAUCAAACGAAAGCAAUUGCUUGUCUCAAGCAAGAAAAUUAUUGUCGUAUAAAUUUACCCAAUGCGCGGCACGGAGAUAUUCCAGUUCCUAAUACUAAUCCCAAUCAUUAUGAUAAGAACCGGAACACUCUUUUAGUCAAUGCGGCGCCAAAUAUAAUCAAUCAUGUUGUACCUACAACGUCGAAUAACAUUAUAAACAGCGCUAUUCCAUUCAUCGUGAGCCAUUCAUCAAUCAAUGGUAUAGCAUCUUCCAGGCUUGUCAAUGGAAAAAUAAAUCCGAUCAAAAGUGGACCAGUCCAGGUGCCAACGGGACAGCAUCACGUGUCUUCAAGUUCGUCUACGAUAUCAAUGAGCAACAAUAGUAACAGUUCGAUGAAGAGGUUGAAGAGAGAAUCAAGGGAUGAUGAAGAUAUAAAUAAUCGGAAUAGGGAUUGUCAUCAAAUAAGAGAAUCGAAUCAGGAAGAAUUAGUGUCCUCGAGAAAAAGAUUAAAAGUAACCUACGUAAAGAAUUCUGGACGGAUUUAAAACCUUGUUAAACGAAAGUCUCGCAUUGUGUCCUGUAACAUAUCGUUUCUGUAAAUGUUACCUAAAAAUCUUUGAUUUGACAGUGAUGGCAUAUUCUAUGCGAAAUGAAAGAAAGUUAUUGUAUCCGAAGAAGAUUUCGUCAACUCG